GAAGGCCGGGCGGAAGUGUCUGCGGCUCGGGCCGCCUUGGUUACUGCGUUCUGCGCCCCUCGUACGUCAUCGCUCUGAGCCUGAUACCCGCUGUCCGCACGGGCGCCGCCCGAGACCGUGGGACCUCCCGGUUGCCGCCCCCUCAGGAGCCACCAUGUUGGUGAUACCCCCCGGACUGAGCGAGGAGGAGGAGGCUCUGCAGAAGAAAUUCAACAAACUCAAGAAAAAGAAAAAGGCAUUGCUGGCACUGAAGAAGCAAAGUAGUAGCAAUACCGCCAGCCAAGGUGGUGUAAAACGCUCACUGUCAGAGCAGCCUGUAGUGGACACAGCCACAGCAACAGAGCAGGCAAAGCAGCUGGUGAAGUCUGGAGCCAUCAGUGCCAUCAAGGCCGAGACCAAGAACUCAGGCUUCAAACGUUCUCGAACCCUAGAGGGGAAGUUAAAGGACCCUGAGAAGGGGCCAGUCCCAACUUUCCAGCCGUUCCAGAGGAGCAUAUCUGCUGACGAUGAUCUGCAGGAGUUAUCCAGACGUCCCCAGAGGAAAUCUCUGUAUGAGAGCUUUGUGUCUUCCAGUGAUCGGCUUCGGGAACUGGGGCCAGAUGGGGAAGAGGCAGAAGGCCCAGGGGCUGGUGAUGGCCCCCCUCGAAACUUUGACUGGGGCUAUGAAGAACGUGGUGGUGCCCGAUCCUCAGCCUCCCCUCCCAGAAGCCGCAGCCGGGACCGGAGUCAUGAGCGGAACCGAGACAGAGACCGAGAUUGGGAUCGAGACCGAGACAGAGAACGGGACCGGGACCGAGACCGGGAACGGGACAGAGACCGCGAUCGAGACCGGGAGCGGGAUCGAGACCGAGAGGGCCCUUUCCGCAGGUCGGACUCAUUCCCUGAACGCAGGGCCCCUCGGAAGGGGAAUACUCUCUACGUGUAUGGAGAAGACAUGACGCCCACCCUUCUCCGUGGGGCCUUCUCUCCCUUUGGAAACAUCAUUGACCUCUCCAUGGACCCACCCAGAAACUGUGCCUUCGUCACCUAUGAAAAGAUGGAGUCAGCAGAUCAGGCUGUUGCUGAGCUCAAUGGGACCCAGGUGGAGUCCAUACAGCUCAAGGUCAGCAUUGCCCGCAAACAGCCCAUGCUGGAUGCUGCCACUGGCAAGUCUGUCUGGGGCUCCCUCGCUGUCCAGAACAGCCCUAAGGGUUGCCACCGGGACAAGAGGACCCAAAUUGUCUACAGUGAUGAUGUCUACAAGGAAAACCUUGUGGAUGGCUUCUAGGGAAUGGAGCUGGAUUCCUUGUGCCUCAUCUGCCCCAACGCUGGUCUCAGUAAAACACUGAGGUGGAAACUCACA